UAACAUUGACCGGCUCCCGGAGACCGUCAGUUACGCGUGGAAGGUUUUUGGCUAAUCAUUGAUAGAUCUGCUGUUGCUAACCGGGGUCCCGGGGGAAGAGGAGGGGAAAGGUGCUGGAGUUGUCGCAUCCAGUUGCGUUUAUAGACUAGCUAGUAACCGGCUGUUGGCGCUUCAGAGAACACAACAAGUAGGGACAAUAUGCCUACUGAAGUAGCCUAGCUACUGGUUUUAUAGAUUAUAUAGGAUAUCGAUUUGUAUAAUUAAGUCUAUAAUGGUUUAUAUCACGGUAAAUUACCUCACUCAACUUAACGCAGUCGGCGCGAUGCAACUCCCUCGUUUCAUGACGUUUGUUCUGGUCAUUUCUUGUGAGUUGUACCGGGCAGUCGCGGGUCCGGGCGCUGGGUUGAAGACGUGGGAGAGGUUUAGUAAAUUGGACUACCCCGGGGACAAAGCUUUCCUCUACGACACCUUUCCUGACAACUUCAUGUGGGCGGUUGGAACGGCAGCUUACCAGGUAGAGGGUGCGUUUGAGAAAGACGGGAAGGGCCUGUCCAUUUGGGACACUUUUACGCGCGGCGGGAACCGGAUAGCUACCGGGGACGUUGGCAGCGACAGCUACCAUAACACCCAAAGCGACGUCCGGGCGCUCAAACAGCUCGGGGUCAGUCACUACCGCUUCUCGCUCUCGUGGUCGCGGAUAUUUCCAAACGGCAGCCGCGGUAGCUACAACGAGAUCGGAACCAACUACUACCGGACGCUAAUACGGAAGCUGAAGGAGAUCAACGUGCAGCCGGUGAUCACGCUCUAUCACUGGGACUUACCUGACAACCUGCAGAGAACGUUCGGCGGGUGGAGCGACCCAGCGCUCGUGGAGCUUUUCCGUGAUUAUGCAGAUUUCUGUUUCCAAACAUUCGGUGACGAUGUGAAGUAUUGGAUCACGAUAGACAACCCGUUCCUGGUGGCGUGGAACGGGUACGGUACUGGGAAGGUGGCUCCGGGAAUCAAGAAUGACCCGGACCUGCCGUUUAGAGUGGGACACAACCUCCUCAAGGCUCAUGCUGCAGCGUGGCACCUCUACGACCGCCACUACCGGCCCCAGCAGCAGGGGAAAGUUUCAAUGGCGCUUGCCUCCCAUUGGAUCAAGCCCAGCAGGACACGGCGUGAGAGCCUGCAGGCGUGUCAGUGGUCCUUGGACUUUGUGUUGGGCUGGUUCGCCAGACCCCUCUUCAUUGAUGGAGAUUACCCCCCUAGCAUGAAGCACAACCUGUCCCACCGCCUGCCCUCGUUCACACAGGCACAGAGGGAUGAGGUGAGGGGGACCGCUGACUUCUUUGCUCUGUCCCAUGGGCCUUCUCUGAGCUACCAGCUGAUUGACGUCAGUCUCAAAUUUGGCCAGAUUGAAGUUCUGGACCUGAGGAUGCUGCUAUACUGGAUCAGAGAAGAGUACGACAACCCACCCAUCUACAUAGUAGAGAGUGGCUGGUUUGUCCAGGGAGACAUCAAGACAGAGGACUCUAAGAACAUGUAUUACCUCAAGAGGUUCAUUAUGGAGACACUGAAAUCGAUCAAGUACGAUGGGGUGAAUGUGAUUGGCUACACCCACUGGUCCCUGCUGGAUGGGUUUGAAUGGCACAGAGAGUAUGAUAUACGCAGAGGCCUCUACUACGUCGACUUCAACACACACAACCUCAAGAGGAGGCCCAAGACCUCCGCCAACUUCUACAAGAAGUUGAUCCAGAAGAAUGGUUUUCCCCAGCUGCCCGAGAACAGACCAGCUCAGGGAGUUUUCCCCUGUGACUUCGCCUGGGGGGUGUCCGCCAACUCUAUACAGGUGGAGACCACCCCCACCCAGUUUGUAGAUCCCAGUGUGUACGUAUGGAACAUCACAGGCAACGGAGAGCUGAGGAGGUUAGAGGGGUUCCAGGCCCCGCCUCUCCGCAGGGCACAGCACUGUGCCGACUACGCCACCAUCCGCCAGCAGGUGGAGGAGAUUCGUCGUGUGGGAGUCAACCACUUCCACUUCUCUCUCAACUGGUCCUCCCUGGUGCCCAGCGGCAACGUGACCCAGCCCAACACUACCUUACUAGGGUACUACCGCUGCUUUACGAGCCAGCUGCACCAGGCUAACAUCACGUCCAUGGUCACCCUGUGGCACCACACACGCCAGCGCUCCAGCCUGCCAGCCCCGAUGGAGGCAGCAGGAGGCUGGUUCAACAGGGACACCGUGGUGGCGUUUGUGGACUACGCUCGGCUGUGCUACAGAGAGCUGGGUCCCCAUGUCAAGAUGUGGAUCACCUUGAACGAGCCCAACGAUGAAGAUGACGUGUCUCCGAUGGAGGGCCACCAGCUGCUGAGGGCACACGCCCUGGCGUGGCGAGCCUACGACCAGGAGUACAGACACACACAGGGGGGUCAGGUUUCCUUGGCUCUUCACAUGGACUGGGUGGAACCGGCGUUCUCCUUCAGCCGCGAGGACGUGGAACCAGCCAACAGGGUUCUCGACUGUCGUGUGGGCUGGUUCUCAGAACCCAUCUUUGGCAGUGGAGAUUACCCGCCUCGCAUGAGGAACUGGUUCCACCAACGACACUCCCUUGACCUGUUCCAUUACCACCUGCCGUUGUUCAGUGAUGAGGACAGACAGCUGGUGAGGGGGACGUACGACUUCUUCGCCAUCAGUCAUUUCAGCACUCAGCUAGUGACCCCCACCAUUGAAGAAAACAAACUGCCCUCCAGGUUGGGGGUGCAGUACAUGGGAGACAUCACCUGGAUCAGGUCCCCUCGGCCAAAUGCCCCCGUAGUGCCCUGGGGCCUCAGGAAGGCCCUCAACUGGGUGGAGGAGCGCUACGCUGGCGUGGCGGUCUAUGUGGUAGCCAAUGGGGUGCAGGAAGACCCGGCCCGCUUCGACGACAGUCUGAGAGUCUACUACCUGUACAGCUACAUCAACGAAGCUCUUAAAGCCUACAUCCUAGACGGAGUGAAUCUGAAGGGUUACUUCGCCUACUCCCUGAACGACCAGAGAGACCCAGGCUUCGGCUUGUACGGUCAUGUCCAAGAUGAAGAAAUCCUCAAAACAUCUCUGUCCCAGUAUCAGAACAUUAUCCGACACAACGGCUUCCCUCUCCAGGGGACCCUUACCUCAGCCCCGCAGUGCCCCAGUCAGCCUCUACCCUGCUCGGGGUGUCUGGUCCUGACCAAGAGGCCUGUGGUGGGCUUCCUGUCUCUGGUGGGGUCAGCGGUCCUGGUCACCCUUGGGCUGAUUAUAUACUACGCUGCCAAGAGACACAGGGGCCGAGGUGCAAAUGGCACCAUAUUCUCUAAAAUAUAGGGCCCUGGUCUAAAGUAGUGUACUAUAUAGGGAAUAGGGUUCUAUAGGGCCCUGGUCUAAAGUAGUGUACUAUAUAGGGAAUAGUGUUCCAUAGGGCUCUGGUCUAAAGUAGUGCACUAUAUAGGGAAUAGGGUUCCAUAGGGCCCUGGUCUAAAGUAGUGCACUAUAUAGGGAAUAGGGUUCCAUAGGGCUCUGGUCUAAAGUAGUGCACUAUAUAGGGAAUAGGGUUCCAUAGGGCCCUGGUCUAAAGUAGUACACUAUAUAGGGAAUAGGGUUCUAUAGGGCCCUGGUCUAAAGUAGUGCACUAUAUUGGGAAUAGGGUGCCAUUUGGGAUCACGUGGUGAUGGUGGUGAUGAAAAUGAAGUGUAUUUCUGAAGCGUGUGUUAUAGGUAGUCCUCCGGGUUCGAGUCACUUGACCUUUAACCCUUCAAUGUCUGCUGAUCUGAAGGAAUCAGGAAAAAGGUAGAAGCCGAUACGUCGGAAUAUCCACCAUGUCAGCACUAGAUCUCUGACACCUAAUCCAGUUCCUCGAGAUCUGUAAAACAAAGUCGUGGGCUUAGGGCCAAGGGUUUUAUUGUAGCACACCCCCCACCCGUCCCCCCUAUUGAUAUAGACCCAUGUGGGGGCCACAUAUCUGGAGCCAUUUAGACAGUUUACGACACUGUGUAGCGAAUGUAGUUGAUGUAGUUGAUGAAUGUAGUUGAUGAAUGUAGUUGAUGAAUGUAGUUGAUGUAGUUGAUGUGGUGUGUCUUUGUGUUCAUAGAACUGUAUGUUCGUUUAUUUCCACGUCGUUUUAUGAAACUCAACCAGCAGCGUUUGUUUCAUGUAUUUCAGUCUGAAGAUAAAGUAUUGUUCUUUAAAAAACAAUUGCCUUUAAAAAAAAAAAAUGUUUUAAUGAAUUUGUUUGACGUGGUAUCAUAACGAAUGAUCUCGUGUAGAUUAUUUUUCGUACAGACUCUUAAAUGAAUAUAUCUCUAUCUUUGUAUUAAACUGUGUGCUUAUAAUAAGUCACAUUGUACCUUGAUGUCUACUAGGCAAAACAACUACCUAGUGAAAGCAAGUCUCCCAUGACCAAUAACUCUUAGUCCCCUUUGACCAAUAACUCUUAGUCCCCUUUGACCAAUAACUCUUAGUCCCCUUUGACCAAUAACUCUUAGUCCCCUUUGACCAAUAACUCUUAGUCCCCUUUGACCAAUAACUCUUAGUCCCCUUUGACCAAUAACUCUUAGUCCCCGUUGACCAAUACCUCUUAGUCCCCUUUGACCAAUACCUCUUAGUCCCCUUUGACCAAUAACUCUUAGUCCCCUUUGACCAAUAACUCUUAGUCCCCUUUGACCAAUAACUCUUAGUCCCCUUUGACCAAUAACUCUUAGUCCCCUUUGACCAAUAACCUUUAGUCCCCUUUGACCAAUAACUCUUAGUCCCCUUUGACCAAUAACUCUUAGUCCCCUUUGACCAAUAACUCUUAGUCCCCUUUGACCAAUAACUCUUAGUCCCCGUUGACCAAUAACUCUUAGUCCCCUUUGACCAAUAACUCUUAGUCCCCUUUGACCAAUAACUCUUAGUCCCCUUUGACCAAUAACUCUUAGUCCCCUUUGACCAAUAACUCUUAGUCCCCGUUGACCAAUAACUCUUAGUCCCCUUUGACCAAUAACUCUUAGUCCCCUUUGACCAAUAACUCUUAGUCCCCUUUGACCAAUAACUCUUAGUCCCCUUUGACCAAUAACUCUUAGUCCCCGUUGACCAAUACCUCUUAGUCCCCUUUGACCAAUAACUCUUAGUCCCCUUUGACCAAUAACUCUUAGUCCCCUUUGACCAAUAACUCUUAGUCCCCUUUGACCAAUAACCUUUAGUCCCCUUUGACCAAUAACUCUUAGUCCCCUUUGACCAAUAACCUUUAGUCCCCUUUGACCAAUAACUCUUAGUCCCCUUUGACCAAUAACCUUUAGUCCCCUUUGACCAAUAACUCUUAGUCCCCUUUGACCAAUAACUCUUAGUCCCCUUUGACCAAUAACCUUUAGUCCCCUUUGACCAAUAACUCUUAGUCCCCUUUGACCAAUAACUCUUAGUCCCCUUUGACCAAUACCUUUACUACCGCAGGGCCAGUAGGCAAAGUAUUUAUCCCAAAUGGCUCCCUAUUCCCUAAAUAUUGUGCUUUUAGGGCUGGGACGAUAUCGCAAUACUCAUUAGUAUUUUGGCAAGGAAACGAAACAUGAAGCAGAUUUAACUAAAUUGUAGCUGAUGUGAAAUGGCUAGCUAGUUAGCGCUAGUGGCGUUUCAAUCGGUGACGUCACUUGCACGGGCCACGGAUUUUGUGGGUAACGAUGCUUCGAGGGUGACUGUUGUCGGUGUGCAGAGCGUCCCUGGUUCGCGCCCAGGUCGGGGCGAGGGGACGGACGUAAAGUCUAUACUGUUACAUAAAACAGCCCUGUUUUAAACAAGCAUGUUAUCCAAGAGGCACAUUUAUUUAUUUAACAAACAGGAGGUUUUUAAAACGGAACAAAUUGUUCGGAAUGCUUCAUGUUUACAUUUUUUUUGUUGCCAUGGAAAACAUAUCGCGAUACCGGUAUCAUCCCGGCCCUAAGAUUCACUACUUUUGACCAGAGCCCAUGUGACCUCUCAGUCAUAUCUCCGAUAUGAAGGAGUAGUGGAUGGAUCGUUCAUUUAUUGCCAAAAUGCAAUGAAGGGACACAGUAUAGACGAAUUAUCAGUCAUCAAAUGAAUAUUAACAUUAUUCCCACAACAAUUCUUCAUAGAUCUUCUGUAUAAUAUUAUACUAACAAAACAAAUAAUACAAAUCUAAGGGUGUGUUUCUUAAAUUUGCAUUCAAUUUGUCGGAGUAAACUCUGGGGCUGUUUGUAAAUUCAGAGCAUUGUCAGAUUGCCUGGUCGGUAAACUCAGAGCGCGCACUGGACGCGCUGACCGAGGAGUACUAACUGGCUAACGUUUUCUAGCUACUUCCAGACACAAAUGAGAGAACAGCUCAUAUCCAGAGCAUUACUGACUUUAACUGUGCUGCUGGCAACAAUUUAAUUGUUAGUUGUUGUUUUUUUUUGCCGGCAUUUAGUGACUCCGGUUAUAUUCAACGGUUGUUUCCCGUUUGAAAAUGAAUCAGUUAUUCUGCCCUCUGGCACACAGACGAGGGUGCAUUGACAUCGGAGUAGAUAGCCAGAGUGAAUUUACAAAAUGCACCAUAAAUGUCUUUAAAAAAAAAAAAAGGUUAUUGUGAUCAUAUGGUGGAUAAACAAUUUUGUAAUAAUUCCUCAAUUCUAAUAAUAAACAAAUACAGUGUUUUGAAAUGUAAUCUCAUGUCUACAACAUAAAAUAAACUACUAUGAUCGA